AUGGAAGCUUCCGAGUGGAUGAGUUUCUUCAUCAUACUUGGGACUAUACACUGGGCAACGAGCAGCAAGGAUCUGAGAGAGUUGCUGUCGAUGGGAAGGAGUUAUUGGCAGCAACGAUCGGCUCUUAGCCUUCAGGAAAGACGCCUGGACGACGCGAUGCGCCAACUGAGGGAGAGGAGCUUUGUUCGGGCAUGCCGCUUCUUGCGGCAUGGUAAUUUUGCCUCGAUGAUCACUUGUCCUCUCGUGCAGGCUCACGAUCGGCAAUCGUGUGCUCUCUUCCUGUUCGCGUACGCCUUCUCCUAUACGAUGAACACCUUGAUUGCCAGAGGAACUGUCGUCUUGUUGACGUCAGGCCUGCGCAAGCUCAUGCUUUUCUACUACGCCCUGAUGUUUGUGGCUAUUUGGAUGCCCGAAGCCGGGGUAUCCCAGAGGGCCGUCUCGGUCUAUCACUUCCUUGCCUGUGUUUGCUAUGUCGACAGUUCGGUUCAUAUUCCAUGUAGCCUUCUGAUGCUGCUUGGUCGGAUUUGCCAUGGAUUCAUGCUUCAUGGCAGCGAGUUUCAGGUCAUCGAGUUUGCUUUCGAUCAUGGCGCAUUCGUGAUUCUCGUCAUCAUCUCCUCCGUUGUGCUGGAGCAGACCCUGAGGGACCGCUUGGCAGCACAGUUCAGGAACUCGGAUGCCGAGUCCAUGAUCUCUGCUUUCCGCCAGAUGCUUCGAGCUGUCUGUGACGGUGAAGUGCUGCUGGAUGACAAUCUUCGCAUACAAGAAGGCGCUGGCUGCCUCAACCGGCUCUUGUCUAGCAGCGAAUGCCUGGACAAGAAGAUCUUUCCAGACCUUCUUCUUCAGGAUUCAGAGGAGCUGGAACGCUUUCAGAAGUUCAUCUCGCAGCCACUGGACCUUGAUUCCUCGCCUGCGGGACUCCCUGCCCCAUGCCUUCGCCUGUCUUUACAGUCCUCGAAUUCACAAAGAGCUGGGGUCGACGUCUAUCACGUGGCCUUGCAGCAUCUAUCUGGCUGCGACGGCUCCUACCACCUCCUUGGCUUGAAACUCGAUGUCGAGUCGCAGGCCAUUCCUGAUGCCGCUCAUGCAUCGGCAGGAAUGGCUUUGCUGUGCAACUCAGUUUUGAGAAGACCACCGGCCCGAUCCCAAGCCUCCAGCCGCUCUGGUGGAACGCUACUGCAGACAGUUUCGAACUUGGAAGAGCUCAUGAUGCUGGUUCACGACAAGGACCAACAGCCUGUCAGCCAGAUACAUCUCAAGUACAGAGAGUCUUCGUCGUCCUCUACCCAAGGAGAUUCCCAGAUGCCGGAUUUGCGAAGCUUGAUUCGGCCAACCGACUGGGAAACGGUCCGCGCCUCCAUCGCGAGACAUGCGGCAGGCGAUCACUGCAGCAUGGAACUGCCGAGGAUUUGGGUGAAGGCCUUCGACCGACAGUCUGGCUAUGUCCAGGCUCGUCGUGUUUCCCUGAAGCCUUGCAAGGAUACUGCCAGGCCAAGGCGGGGCUAUUUGUGGUUGCAUUUACGUGAUCUGCGGUUCGAAGAAAAGCAGCGGCAGGCUCCCAGCGAGCUCGCUGACUUGGCUGAGAUGUCAUCUGGGAGCUCCGGGUAG